ACAGGGCAAAGUGACGCCCUGGAGUCUUGCCGCCAUCAAAGAUCAAGAAUUGGGCUUCAGGAAUCAUCGGACCCACCAGAAGGAUCAGCCCACAGGGGAGCUGUCCGCCAGGGGGGAAGCUAAGGAAGGACCUGCCUAUCCCAAAUCAGGAAUCUGGGGGUCUCCCCCACUGACACUCCAGGCAACCCAACAAGGCCUCCAGCUCUUUGAGCCCGAGGUCCCCCCUCCCCUCAGGCCCUCCUCCCCACAGCCAGCUCUUAGUCUCAAUCUCCAAUUUCUAGCCCUCAAGCCCAAGCACUCAGUCUCAGCAUUCUGCUGUCCAGUCUCAGUUCCCAGGUUCUGAUCCACAAACACCACUACAAUCACCAAUCCUGGGACAUUUGCCAAAAUCUCUAGGAGAGAGCAAUCCCUUGGGCUAUGCCCCCGGGCAUAGGAGUGUGAGCCUAGACCCCUGACCCCUGGGCUCACCGGAUUCCCAGCCCCUUCCACCUCCUUUGUGUGAAGAGCACCCCCCCUCCCAGGCAGUGUGGUUGGGGGCCAAAGGGGAAGCCAGCCCCGGCUGUGCCCCCGGCCCCCACCACCUCCCUUCUCACCGGGAAGCACCCCUGGCCUUUGGGCCUCUCUCCCUGGCCCCCCUCGGCCCCUCCUCCUGGGCCGCCCCGAUGAAGGAGCCAGAUGCCAUCAAGCUGUUUGUGGGGCAGAUCCCAAGGCACCUGGAGGAGAAGGACCUGAAGCCAAUUUUCGAGCAGUUUGGCCGCAUCUUCGAGUUGACCGUCAUCAAGGACAAGUACACCGGGCUGCACAAGGGAUGUGCCUUCCUGACAUAUUGUGCCCGCGAUUCAGCCCUGAAGGCGCAGAGCGCCCUGCACGAGCAGAAGACGCUUCCAGGGAUGAACCGGCCUAUCCAGGUGAAACCAGCAGACAGCGAGAACAGAGGAGAAGACAGGAAGCUCUUUGUGGGGAUGCUAGGGAAGCAACAGACGGAUGAAGACGUCAGGAAGAUGUUUGAGCCAUUUGGGACUAUUGAUGAGUGCACCGUGCUCCGGGGACCGGACGGGACCAGCAAAGGCUGCGCCUUUGUCAAGUUUCAGACCCACGCAGAGGCCCAGGCUGCCAUCAACACCCUGCACAGCAGCCGGACCCUCCCGGGUGCCUCAUCCAGCCUUGUGGUGAAGUUUGCUGACACAGAGAAGGAACGAGGCCUUAGACGCAUGCAGCAGGUGGCCACCCAACUGGGCAUGUUCAGCCCCAUUGCCCUCCAGUUCGGAGCCUACAGCGCCUACACCCAAGCUCUGAUGCAGCAGCAGGCGGCCCUGGUAGCAGCUCACAGUGCCUACCUCAACCCCAUGGCCACCAUGGCAGCUGUGCAGAUGCAGCACAUGGCUGCCAUCAACGCCAACGGGCUGAUCGCCACUCCCAUCACCCCUUCCUCAGGAACCAGCACCCCUCCUGCCAUCGCUGCCACGCCCGUCUCUGCCAUCCCUGCCGCCCUGGGUGUCAACGGCUACAGCCCUGUGCCCCCCCAGCCCGCCGGGCAGCCGGCCCCUGACACCCUUUAUCCCAAUGGUGUCCACCCCUAUCCAGCCCAGAGCCCGGCUGCUCCCGUGGACCCCCUCCAGCAGGCCUACGCAGGAAUGCAGCACUACACAGCAGCCUACCCAGCAGCCUACAGCCUGGUCACGCCCGCCUUCCCUCAGCCUCCAGCCCUGGUCACCCAGCAGCCCCCUCCGCCCCCCCAGCAGCAGCAGCAACAGCAGCAGCGAGAAGGCCCUGAUGGCUGCAACAUCUUCAUCUAUCACCUGCCCCAGGAAUUCACUGACUCUGAGAUCCUACAGAUGUUUGUUCCCUUUGGCCAUGUCAUAUCUGCCAAGGUCUUUGUCGACCGGGCCACUAAUCAGAGUAAAUGUUUUGGCUUUGUGAGUUUCGACAAUCCAGCCAGCGCGCAGGCGGCCAUUCAAGCCAUGAAUGGUUUCCAGAUCGGCAUGAAGCGCCUCAAAGUCCAGCUCAAGCGGCCCAAGGAUGCCAACCGACCCUACUGAGGGGCAGCAGGUCUGGAGAUGCCAGAGAAGGGGGGUCCCCUCCACUCCCCCCACACUGACCGCCCCCCAGCCCCCUCUGCACAUCUGCUGUGGCCUUGGCGGGGCCCCCCUGGGGACAACUGCUGCCUGAGUCCUGGGGAAGCAGGACAGACCCCUCCACUCAUCCUCACCCUCCUCCCAAACUAACUCUCUCAUCCCCCGGCGCUCACCAGAGUCUGGAGGGGGAAGGUCUGGAGCCCCUGGGGUUCACGUGGACCCAUCUCCCCGGGCAGAGGCUGCAGAGUGGGAACGGGGGCACAGCCCCAAGUGUCCCAGGGCAUCUUGUCCCUCACCUCUCCCCACUGGAGGACGACUUCUCUCUUGAACUGUGCAGACCCCGGAGGGGAACGAGGGGCUCCGAUCCCCCCAUUCCCAGCCUCUCCUCCCCUCGAAGGGUUUCCCAGCAGCCCCCUGCCCCCAGCCCCUGGAACCUUACUAGAGCUAGGACAUUCCGUACUCGGGCCGCCAGGCCCACAGCUCACUGCCUCCCCAGUCCCUCUCUGGGGCUGCCCAUCUCUUCAGUCCCAGAGACCCUUCCCAAGCGAAAAGAGCUCCCCUCCCCCAAAUAAUGUUUACAGUCUCUGCUGAUCCCUUUCCUGUAAAUACCACACUGGUGCGGUAGCCAGCCAGGCCCGGACGCUGCCAUCUCUCUUUCUGGGAGUUUAGACAAUGUUCCCCAUGGAGUUUUUUGUUUCUUAAUUUUUUCUCUUUGGUUUGAAGAUUAGGGGUGGGAAGGGGUACG